AAGACUUCUCAGUCCUGCUUCUGCACAGCCGACUCCAUCUCAAUUCUCAAGUGGUUUACUUGCUGCUUCUUUGUUUCCAUCAAAACCUCAUCUCGCUGCCUCUCAGAUCUCUUCUGCCUCUGCGUCUACCGUAAGUUUUCUCGGGGAAAAAUGGCAGAGUCGAAACAAGAAUUGAAGAAACCCGAGUUUAUCAAGGUGGAGCAACUUCGUCCAGGGACUAGCGGGCAUAAUCUGAGGGUUAAGGUUGUCAAUACAAAGCAGAUAGUACGACAGAGGGGUCGUGCUGAAUCUUUGGUGGGAGAUGAGACUGGAAUGAUUGUAUUCACUGCGCGGAACGAGCAAGUGAAUGUGAUGAAAGAAGGUUCUAUCGUGGACAUUGCCAAUGCAAAAAUUGAAUUGCAGAAAAAAUCAAUGAGGCUUGUUUUGCCUUUCGAUAGGACGGGAUCUGUUAAAGCAGCAGCAGCUGAAGCUGCAGAUAUCACUGUGAAUGAAGACUGCAACUUUUCACUGAUUGAAUUUGAUCAGGUCUCUAUUGUAGAACCUUGAACUCUUCUUCAGGUCUUCAUUAUCACCCUUACUACUGGAGUGCAUGAAGUAAAAAUAACUCCUGAAGAAGCAAACUACUGUUACAGUAAUCGUCUCAUGUCAACAACAAUUAGCUGCCUUUGGAACUUGGUUUGAAUUUUGGUUUGGUUUCACUUGCAUCAUAUCUACUUUUAGUUUUGAGACCCUUUUUGAUUGAUGUUGAACCAUGUGGGCAAAGAACGUAUCAAUUAUCGGAUGAUCAAGUGAGAAAGUUAGCAUCUACCUUAUUCAUCUA